AUGCCACUUCGAAUAACCUCCGCUCCAGUCUCCGGUAUCAAAAAGCGCAAAGCCCCAUCCCAGGUCCGGUCCCGCGCCUCACCCUUCGCCAACCAUGCCCGCAGCAAACCCAGCGUCCGCCCUGGCGGUAUGAACCCAAAGACCGACAACGACAAGCACGACGAUCCCGCUCUCGACCAUGGUCCGCUCCCAGAUCUGGGACUGUCGCGAUAUGUCUCCGAGACCGCGCGCGUCGAUACCGUCCUCGCAGCCCUGCAGCACAUCCGCGAUAACAUGUUCGAGGAGCUCCCCGCGCGGGCCGGCAUGAACAGCACGCGCAUCGCGCAGGUGUUGAACUUUAGACGCUCGCUGCCGCCUCUUGUAUCUGUUGCGCAUGUGCAUACGAUUCUUGAUGCGCCGACGCAGGUUGAGCGGGAGAUUAUGGAGCUGGCGACUGCUGGGAAGAUUCGGCGGUUGAUUGUUCCUGGGCGGGGGAAUGAUGCGGCGGGGCUGGGUGAUUGUUUGGUUGCGACUGAGGAUUGGGAGAAUUUAGUCAGGGCGAGUAUAUUGGAUGAUGCGCUGAAAGAGAAAUUCCUCACUGUGCUUUCUCGAAUCGGAAAUACGUGCGCGAUACCCGGGACGGCAUUUUCUCAGCAUGAAUAUACGGCUCUUGUUCGGGCUGGAUUUAUCGUCUCUUCGUCGUCUUUAGCAAAAGGCACAUCUAGUGUUCCGUCUUUACCAAAUCUACCAACUGCCGCUCCCACCAUGGCCGCUAGUCGAGCUGGGUCUGCUGCGCAUACGAACGGCACAGAACCCCCAUCCCGAACCCAGUUCCACACCGCGACAUUAUUCCUCUCCCUCCCAAAUACCGGACCAUACUUGAAACUCCUGGGUACCGGACGGGACCACCUCAUCGCACUUCUCAAAAAGUCUAAAUCCGGGGAAGCCCCCGUCUCACUUCUUCGGGACCGUUGGGACGGCGCGGUCGAAUCUGAACGAAGUUUCAGCGUGGCGAAGCGAGCGCGAGGCGAGUUUGCUGGGAUUUUACCCGGGAAGACGAAGAAAUGGAAAGAUCUCUACGGGAUGAGUUUCCGGUGGGUGUUGGAGGAGGCGAUUGGGGCGGGUUUGAUUGAGAUUUUUGAUACGGGGAGUGUUGGGCCUGGGGCGCGGUGUUUGUGA